GUCGCGGGGCAUUGUGGGAGCGGCCCCGCUUUGGCGGUUCCGUCAAAAUGGCGGCGCGGGAGCCGGCGGGGCCGGCGGGGCCGUAGCGGGCGGCCGCGCGCCGGGCGAGCAUGGCGACCCCCGACCACAAGUCGCCCAACGUGCUGCUGCAGAGCCUGUGCUGCCGCAUCCUGGGCCGGAGCGAAGCGGACGUGGCCCAGCAGUUCCAGUACGCCGUGCGCGUGAUCGGCAGCAACUUCGCGCCCACCGUGGAGAGGGACGAGUUCCUGGUGGCCGAGAAGAUCAAGAAGGAGCUGGUCCGCCAGCGCAGGGACGGGGAUGCUGCCUUGUUCUCGGAGCUGCACCGGAAGCUCCACUCCCAGGGAGUUCUGAGGAACGUCUGGUCGACCCUGUACCUCUUGCUGAGCCUUAGCGAAGACCCACGCAAGCCGCCAAAUAAGGUCUCCAGCUAUGCCUCCCUGUUUGCUCAAGCGUUGCCGAGAGAUGCCCACUCGACGCCCUAUUACUGUGCUCGGCCGCAGACACUCCCGCUCAACUACCAGGACCGCGGCACUCAGUCGGUGCCCAGCUCGGGCAGCCUGGGCAGCAGCGGCAUCAGCAGCAGCAGCGUACAGACGCAGCAGGCCCCGGGCGUCGGGGACUGCCUUCGCCAGCAGCUGGGCUCACGGCUUGCGUGGACCUUGACUGCGAACCCGCCUUCCUCCCAGACCGCUUCCUCCAAGGGAACCCCCAGCGCUGCCGCGCGCACCGUGGGGAGGCCGAGGAGAGACGGGGAUGCGGGAGGCACUGCGGAGGUGUGCGAGGCUGCCCUGGUCAGGGACAUCCUGUACGUCUUCCAGGGCAUCGACGGCAAACACGUGCGGAUGAGCAGCUCUGAGGACGGCUACCGGGUGGAGGGCAAGGCGACCCUGAGCAAGUCCCUGAGGGACACGACUGUGCGACUCGCUGAGCUGGGCUGGCUGCACAACAAGGUCCGGCGGUACACAGACCAGCGGGGCCUCGACCGCUCCUUCGGACUGGUCGGCCAGAGCUUCUGUGCUGCCUUGCACCAGGAACUUAAGGAGUACUACCGGCUCCUCUCCGUCCUGCAUUCCCAGCUGCAGUUGGAGGACGAUCAGGGUGUGAAUCUGGGCCUUGAGAGCAGUUUGACGCUCCGGCGCCUCCUGGUCUGGACGUAUGACCCGAAGACGAGGCUGAAGACCCUGGCGGCCCUGGUGGACCACUGCCGAGGCCGGAAGGGCGGGGAACUGGCCUCAGCUGUGCACGCCUACACGAAGACGGGGGACCCGUCCAUGCGCUCUCUGGUCCGGCACAUCCUCAGCCUGGUGUCGCACCCCGUGCUGAGCUUCCUGUACCGCUGGAUCUAUGACGGGGAGCUGGAGGAUGCCUACCACGAGUUCUUUGUAGCGUCGGACCCCACGGUCAAGGCGGACCGGCUGUGGCACGACAAGUACACGCUGAGGAAGUCCAUGAUCCCCUCCUUCAUCACCAUGGACCAGUCUCGGAAGGUGCUUCUAAUCGGAAAGUCCAUCAAUUUCCUGCAUCAGGUCUGCCACGACCAGACACCUCCCACGAAGAUGAUGGCCGUGAACAGGGCUGCAGAGUCUCCCCAGGACGCUGCCGACUUGUUCACAGACCUGGAGAGCACGUUCCAGGGCAAGAUCGACGCCGCCUACUUUGAGACGAGCCGGCACCUGCUGGAUGUGCUGAGCCAGAGGUACAGCCUGCUGGACCACAUGCAGGCCAUGCGGCGCUACCUGCUCCUCGGCCAGGGGGACUUCAUCCGCCACCUCAUGGACCUGCUCAAGCCAGAGCUCGUCCGUCCAGCUACGACUCUGUACCAGCACAACCUGACUGGGAUUCUGGAGACGGCCGUCCGGGCCACCAAUGCCCAGUUCGACAGCCCCGAGAUCCUCCGGAGGCUGGACGUGCGGCUGCUGGAGGUUUCCCCGGGGGACACCGGAUGGGACGUGUUCAGCCUGGAUUACCACGUCGAUGGACCCAUCGCCACGGUGUUCACCCGGGAGUGUAUGAGCCACUACCUGAGGGUCUUCAACUUCCUCUGGAGGGCCAAACGGAUGGAGUACAUCCUGACUGACAUCCGCAAGGGCCACAUGUGCAACGCCAAGCUCCUGCGAGGCAUGCCAGAGUUCUCCGGUGUGCUGCACCACUGCCACGUGCUGGCGUCCGAGAUGGUGCACUUCAUCCACCAGAUGCAGUACUACAUCACCUUCGAGGUGCUGGAGUGCUCCUGGGACGAGCUCUGGAGCAAGGUGCGGCAGGCCCAGGACCUGGACCACAUCAUCGCCGCGCACGAGGUCUUCCUGGACACCAUCAUCUCCCGGUGCCUGCUGGACGCAGACUCCAGGACGCUCCUGAACCAGCUCCGGGCUGUGUUCGAUCAGAUCAUCGAGCUUCAGAACACGCAGGAUGCUAUCUACAGGGCCGCCCUCGGGGAGCUGCAGAGGCGCCUCCAGUUUGAGGAGAGGAAGAAGCAGCGGGAAACAGAGGGCCAGUGGGGGGUGACGGCCGCAGAGGAGGAGGAGGAGAACCAGCGGGUCCGAGAGUUCCAGGAAUCCAUCCCCAAGAUGUGCUCGCAGCUGCGGAUCCUGACCCACUUCUACCAGGGCAUCGUGCAGCAGUUCCUGGUGCUGCUGACCACCAGCCCCGACGAGAGCCUGCGUUUCCUCAGCUUCCGGCUGGACUUCAACGAGCACUACCGGGCGCGGGAGCCGCGGCUACGCGUGUCCCUGGGCUCCCGUGGCCGGCGCAGCUCCCACACGUGAGCCCCGGCCUGCGGGGCGAGGCCGCGUCUCUGUCACUUGUUGAAAAGCUUCCGAGAAGGUCGAGUGGGGGCUGUCCCCGCCCCCCGCAGAGACGAGUACACGCUGCUGUCUCCAGCGCCCUCAGGCGCAGUUUGUGAAUAUAAUCGAACUGAAUGGAGCAAACAUCCCGCUCAGAAAUAGAGCAUUUUAUUUUGGUUUUUAGUGUUGUAAAAUAUUAACCUCUGUGAGAACCUUUGUAUCCGAAUGCACUUACCACGUCUAUUCUUUCCUGCAGAGUUUACAUUUUGUAUUUAAUUUCCUGACUCGGAGGGUGUGAGGCAGGGCCCGUGAGGCGCAGGUCUGUCUGACAGGGUUCUGGACGCUUUCUGUUGGGAAGAAACCAACCUGAAUAAUGAAGAUUUCCUUUUCCUUGCCUAUUUUUUCAUUGUAAAUAUUUAUAUCUACUGACCAGGAAUGGCGGGAACGUUUUUUUUUUGUAAAAAAGGUCAUAUCAAGUCACAUAAAUCUGCCUUUAUUAUGUUGCUUAAGUGAAAACUUAGAGAAUUAAAGUAAUUAUCUUUCAGA